GCAAGCCAAUGCCACGGUGAAGCGGGCAGCACGGGGACUGGUGGAGGCCAACCGGAGAGGCAGGUUCGCCUCUUUGGAGCACCCGUAUAACUCCUACCUGUGGAGCCUCCCGGAAAUCAAAGCUCUCCAAGGAGAAGGCUGGUACCACUCGAUCUUCUCGACCUGCUGCCAUGGAAGCCCAAGAGAGACUUGGCUGUGCGUUUUGCACAACUCCGCGUCGCUUCACGCGGUGCUCCACAAGCCGGUCUGUGACGGCCACCCUCACCUUGAGUACCCGGCAGAGGAUGAGGAUGAGGAUGAAUUUUCUGAGUACCCUUGGGGCCUCUGCCUGGUGAUGGCGGAGGGAAUCUACGACGAGCUCAACUCGCUCUACUCGGAACCCUUUGGGUCUCUUCCUCGGAGCCUGGAGCGGCUUCUGCACCACCAGCUGCAGGGUGCUACCAAAGGCCUUCAGCAGCAAGCUGCGGUGGACUGGGCGGUGGCACAAUGCACCGCCUUCCUGGACACCAUGGAAGCGGGCAAGGAAAAGGAGCACCUGGUUUGGCUCCUUCGCCACGCCUACCACACGGGCUGCGAUGUCAGACUCACCGACCGGGGUGAAGAUGUCGUGGGCCACCGCCCUGGUCCUUAUCCAGCUUUUCGCUGGCACUGGAAGGACGUCCUGUCAUAUAAGUGGCGGGAGCCUCAGCACAUCAACGUGCUAGAGAUGACGGCGUUCCUCACGGAGCUGCGCAGAAGGGCACGAAACAACGAGGAGCUCGGCAAGAGAUUUUUCUGUAUUGUCGACUCGCUGGUCUCCUUCUACGUGCUCGGCAAGGGAAGGUCGUCGUCGAAAAGGUUAAACAGAGUCAGCCGCCGCAUCGCCAGCCUUUCCUUAGCGUCAGGAAAUACGAACCGCAAUGAUCACCUGCGGUUCUUGGGGAUCACGGCCAAGACCAGGAGGCUUCCUCGCACUAUGCCGGAACUGGAUGAGGAGCUUGCAGAAUACAUCAAUCACCUUUACCAGGAAGGUGAAACGGUGACCCUGGCCGGGUGGACGCUCAGUGGUCUGAAGCGAUUCUACCCUCGCUGCAAGCCUCAUCUGCUGACCUCGCAGCUUUUUCUGCGCAAUUGGCAGCGGGUCCAUUUGCCUCAACGGACCAGCCCGAUGACGUGGCUAGGGGCCAGGGCUAUGGCAGGUGCAGCCUAUAAAGUUGGGCGGCCUGACUUGGCUCUGUCAAUCCUUUUGGGUUUUGCCUUCUUCCUGCGAACAAUGGAGCUGCUCUCUUUGACGAUUCGGCACCUUCGCAUCUUCCCGGAAGAAGGCACCAUCAUCAUUGCCAUUGUUAAUUCGAAGACCUCUCGAGGUCUACAGCAAUCCCUUUCUUUAAAAGAACCGGGCCUCGUGGCAGUUAUUUCUUUCCUGUUGGACCGGGUACGCCCGAGUUCCCUUCUUUACACCCGCUCGGUGGUAGCGUUCCGCAGAGAGUUUGGGUGCCUCGUCCGAGCCAUCGGCUUUGACCCACAGGCCUUCCUCCCGUACUCUUUAAGGAGGGGAGGAGCUACCGAAUAUUACCAGCGCACUCAAAGUCUUGGCCGCACCAUGGUGCGGGGACGAUGGAAGGAUUCACAAACAGCGCGCAUCUACAUCGACGAUGCCCGGGCCACUCUGGUGCAACUUUCUCUUUCCCCUCCCACUGCCGCCCUUCAACGUUCCUUGGCCUCUGUUUGGCGUGUGGCG